UACGCAGCUGCAUUCACGCGUCUUUCCGCUCUUUCGGUACUUGUUGUGUUGCUUUGAAAAUUGCUCCUAUGUGAAUGAACAAUGCCAAAGGUGCGUAGAAGUAAAAAACCACCACCGGAUGGUUGGGAGCUGAUCGAGCCAACGUUAGAAGAAUUGGAACAGAAAAUGCGAGAAGCUGAAACGGAACCACACGAAGGCAAACGAAAACAGGAAUCUUUAUGGCCGAUAUUUAAAAUUCAUCACCAAAAAUCACGAUACAUAUACGAUUUGUAUUAUAGGCGGAAAGCUAUAAGUCGCGAAUUGUACGACUAUUGCCUCAACGAGAAUAUCGCCGAUAAGAACUUGAUAGCCAAGUGGAAAAAAGUGGGCUAUGAAAAUUUGUGCUGUUUACGUUGUAUACAAACCAGAGACACUAAUUUUGGUACAAAUUGUAUUUGUCGAGUACCCAAAGGCAAACUGGAAGAAGGAAGAAUAGUGGAGUGUAUUCAUUGCGGUUGCAGAGGAUGUUCCGGAUAACGUUUAGCACUUAAGAUAACAGUCGUG